AUGACCCAUGACGAUGAAGCUGGCGUUAAGGUCAAGUCACCUGGUUACAGGUACAAGACAUUUAAUUCUAAAAAACGGCGUAAGAGAUGCAAGGCUGAUGGAAAGUCAAUUACCGAGAAUGAUAUGAUCACUUCGAUAGAGAUGGCGAGACAGUUGUUGAUGGAUAGUCAGUUCUAUGUGGAGCUCAAAGAAUCUUUGCAGAAGCAUCUGUCCGCCCAUUCCGCAUCAGUCGUAGACAUUGUAUGCUACGGCAUAGGCAGCAUUGAAUCGUCUAUUCGAUCGCGAUACCAGCUUGCUUUUGCAUUGUUAUUGAGGGAAUUAUUACAGAGUCAAGUAUCGGUAAGGAACGCUCAUACGCUAGGUGUACUCCCCUCGAUUCUUAUCCUAGUGUUGGCAUUUGGAAUUGGAGCGGCAUCUGUCUAUUGGGCUCUCGAUAGCUUGUUAUCUGCCGAAACGACGCUAGGGGAUGUAAAAGCGCUUCAUACGGGAUUGUCUAAUGCAGAUGAUGCAGUGUUAGUGUUAUGCUACAUAGCAGUCUACAUAUUUCUUCAGUCGUUCGCGAUACCCGGGAGCGUUAUGCUUAGUGUCCUGGGUGGAACAUUAUGGGGAACUUGGAAGGCAUUAGCAUUAGUUGGCUUUUGCUCGGCGACAGGAGCAACCAUUUGUUAUUUCCUAUCAUACUAUUUGGGACAAUCAGUCACUAGAGUAUACCUUGCAGAGAGGAUGGAACAAUGGAAUGAACAGUUGAAAAAUCAUAAACAGCAUCUGUUUUCCUACAUAGUCUUUCUGAGAGUGACACCAUUCCUUCCAAACUGGUUUAUCAAUAUUGCCUCUCCUCACAUGAAUGUCGGCAUCAAUACAUUCUAUUGGGCUACAUUUUUUGGGGUCAUGCCUCUAUCAUUCAUCCAUGUUCAGGCCGGAGAGACAAUACAUAGAAUAACAGAGACGGACGAUUUCACUUUCUUAACGCCACAGAAUGUACUUACUAUGACAAUGAUAGCUGUUGCUGCGCUCAUUCCGAUAAUUAUAAGAAGAAAAUUCGAGCAAAAGGAUAAAGCGGAAUGA